GCCUCCACCACCACCUCCACUAUCACCAAGUGUAACCGCCGUCGAAAGGUCACGUGGCAAAUUCUGGUAGUUCCCAAUUGUACGCCCAGACAUCAUGUUUCGUGCGUUCACGACCAUGUUCCAAACGCCGUCCGCCGAGCGACAGCCGUCCUCUUCGACCACCGCCAAGGCCGUGGCGGUCAUCAAAGCGCGGCUACGACAGCUACCGGAUUGCAUCGUGUUUAGCCACGUGUACCCGCCCGUGACUCCCCCAAGUCGGUACCACACGAGACCGGAAUACGUGUCCGGGAAGCGCGUGCCGUUGACCCGGGACGCCGCGACCAAGUGGAAGAAGAAACAUACGUUCAUGUCUCCAAUCUCUGAAUGGCCAGAAGUGCAUCACUUGACACAGCGUCGCCGCCGCCGCCGAAGCGGGGACAGCCAGAAGUCGUGUUCGAGCACGUCGUCGUCGUCCCCAAGUAGCUACGUCCAUUUUGAUGUGUGGCAACCAGAACCAAGCAUCGCGGCGGCCAUGUAUUAAUCCAUCCUUGCGGGUUUCAAUUUAUCCCGACUCUGAGGGUUCUCGGUUAUGAUCGAGUGAGUUUGCGGUAUCAUAUGAUCCCGUCGCCACUGAGCUGGGAAGGACAUUGCAUCAAGAACGACGUGAGUGAUUGCCGUGUUGGUUGAUCCCUUCGAAGCAAAGGACGGUCGGUUCAAGAUAGCGCGACCUAGUUAACUCUGCAUCAAGCACUAUGUAGUACUACAACAGUACGUAGUGCUUGAUACUAGUACUGCACUAGCCCUCGUCAACAAUACAAUCCACAAAGCCCCGCUGCCAACAGUUCAUUUGGGCAAUGCCUU